AUGACUUCGUCGGUUCUGGACGGCGGCGCUGGCUGUGAGUCGCCGGCGCCGCCUGCAUUCUCUCCCCUCACGGACCCUACCGACCCGGGAAACCGCGAGCCUUCGGUCGGGGUGUCCAUCAACGAUACGGAGCCUACAGCUGAUGCACCACCCAUCGCUCCCCUCGGCAAUGCCGAACCCAAUGGCGACUUCUCGGCCGACGUCAAGGCCAUCCCCCCGCGAAAUUCCCACGGGCAGACAACAGAGCCAGCCAUCCCUGCAUCACAGCAGCCUGCCCCCAUGGGCGACGCCAUGAAUCUUGAUGCGCCCAUGAACACCGGCAUCGACUACACCACCAGCCCCGGCCUCGACCUCUACCCGCAGCAUCCAUCGCAGAUCCUCAUGGCCCUCGCUCGGCUGUCUGCCGCAUCCCAGUCCCAGCUGCUUGCACAGCCCCCGUCGACCGUCCGCCCGUCACAGGUCUCCCUUCCCCCACAAGCGAUGCUCGACACUCCAGAUUCUUUGAUGCAUGACGCCCCCGAUGCCGCUGCUGCCGCCCUUCCCCCCGAAGCGCCGCUCGAAUCGUUCGCCAGGAUCGAGUUUGCCGACAGCGUGUUCCAAAUGACCACAUAUGCCGUCAUCAUUGGACGCGACCAGCGUGCACUAGACCAGGCCAGGAGAGAUGAGCGUCGACUCGAGGAAUACCAGCGCAGAGUACGAGAGAACGAACAACUCGGCCUGCCUGCGCCAUCGCCGCCGACACAGGACCGCGGAAAAUUCAGCAAGUCGUACGUCAGCGAGGAGGGUGGUAUGCUGGGUCCAGAGUCGGAUGGCGAAGAGAAUCCGCGUCCGUCCAAGAGGAGGAAAACGAGCGGCGGCGGCGGAUCUGCCUCGGGAGAUUCCCACCAGGUAGAAGCUGCUGCCGGGGAGCUAGCCGGCUUGGAGGAGAAGAACACGGCCUUAAACAGGCAGUACGUCUCCCACACUCCAGGGGCGGCUGCUGUCAAUCUCAGCGCCCUCCGCCCGUCACCGUACUACGUCCCUUUCAUCGGUAUCCACUCCCCGGGGCCAAACAUCGCCAGCAGAACAAAGGCCAUCUCGAGGGAGCAUCUGAAAAUCGAGUUCAACCAGAAGGCGGGCGUGUUCGAGGCCAUUCCGCUCCACAAAAACGGCUUCUUUUGUGAAGACGUGCAUUACAAGGACGAAAAGGUUGUCUUGAAAAGCGGCGACCGUUUACAAAUCAAGGACGUUGACUUCGUCUUCAUCAUCAACGGCGUUCCCCAUGGCAAGACUGGCGCCGAGGACAUCAUCGACGAAGACGGCGUGUCCAGUAGGCGGUACUCGGAAGGCGGCAAGGAGAUGAGCUUUGACUUUGAGAGCUCGCACGAUCCGGAGAGACGCAGCACUAGUCCCGAAGAAGUUCCGGCCACGGCCACAAAGGAGGAGAGCGACAGCGAGCUCUCCGAGCCAGCCGAGGACAUCCCGGAGCCGGAGCCGGAAGAAAUGCCAGAACAGGACGUCAUGGAAACCAUUGAAAAGGACCCGGAGGUGCCACCAACCAUCAAACCCGAAUCCGAAUUGUCGCUGGAGAUGCUUGCCAGCCUCGGCCCCCCAUUACCCAAGAAACGUGGUCCUGGACGCCCGCCAAAGAACGGCAUCAUGUCUAAGAGAGAGGAGAGGCUGCGGAAGAAGGCGGCGAUGGAGCUCGUCAAGAAAAAUAUGCCGCAACCACCGCCAGGCGACCCGCCUGUCAAGAGGAAGGUUGGCCGGCCGCGCAAGCACCCGCUCCCCGAAGACGCACCGGACAAGCCAGAGAAGCGCAAGUACAAACCCCGCAAGUCCAAGACUGGCGAGGAAGGCGAGGGCUCCGACGUUGAGAAGACUAUCAAAGAGAGGAGACGUGAAAAGCCCAAGACACCACCUCUGGAGUUGAACAGGGAGGACUACACCGAGGAACAGCUGCAGAAGCCGCAAAAGAACUACGGCAUGCUGAUUGACGAGGUCUUGAGUGCUGCACCUGAUGGUCUGACUCUCAAACAAAUCUACAAGCGGAUCCAGAUGAAGUAUCCCUUCUAUUACUUCGCCGUCGAUACCAAAGGUUGGGAGAGCAGUGUUCGGCACAACCUCAUCGGCAACGACGCCUUCAAAAAGAACGACGAAACCCACCUGUGGAGUCGAGUGCCAGGCAUAGAUAUUGACGCGGGCAAGAAACGCACCAAAGCAACAUCGCCAGACCAUCCCACGUCUGUGCACACCUUUGGCCAGCACUACUCCGCCUCGGCCACCCCGACAACGCCACAGAUGUUCCACACCGAAUCAGGGAUGCAACAAGGCCUCCGUUCUGGCUCGGCGCCUCAACGUGCCGGACAACCGCCCGUCCAGGGCCAGGCGGCCAUUGGUCAACAUCCACAGCCGCAGCUGGGUGCGCAAAUCGUCGGUGCUGCCUCUCAGCAAGCGCCGCGGCAGCCGUAUCCAACUCCUAUGCAAAUGCAAGGAGCCGCAUCCACAGCCGUUCAUGGGAAUGCGGCUGCCGCACACCCGCCUCAAGGGACCGCGCAGGCCACAGCGUAUUCCUCACCUUACACAUCAAGACCUCCGCCUGCUGCAGCUGCCCACUCUGCCGGUCCUUCCCAGGGUGCAGCACGGCAAGGCUUGCCGGCUAGCACCGUGGCGAGCCCGGUGAAAGGCUUGCCCCGGGUUAGUGCCUCUACUGCUCAGACAGCGGCGCCUGCCUCAAUCGGAGGACGCCUCGCACAACCGCCCUCGAAUGGCAACACACUCACCCUCAAGCCAGCUGUUGCGCCGGAACUGAUCAAGCAUGUAACCAAUUUCAAGACGACGGUCACGGAGCAGUUGUCAAAGCGGACUUCAGCUGCCGAAGCUGUCGCCAUGUCCGUCAUCAACCGCGGUCUUGGGUUGGCGGCAGAAAGCACGAUUCCGGAAGAGGAGAGCUUGGAGAAGAUUGUGCUCGGUGUGUUCGAGUCGAGCAGGAAAAAACUGGGCGCUGACCAGUUCCUUCACCCGGGGCUGGUGCAGACCCUUGGGAACUUCAAGAACAACAUGAUCAAGACGUUGGAGCCGAAGAUGGGAAAGCUGAACGCCGAGCGCUUGAUUUUGUCUGCUGUGGAUCGCGUGCUAGGAUUUGCUGACCGCAGCACAAUGGCGGGUUCCGAGCCGGAAAGGAAGCAGUACGACGAGGCCGAAAACGUUCUCAUCUCGGCCAUCCAGCGGGUCGUCACGGAGCAUCAAAGGACCUUGGCCGCAGUGGCGUCUGCUUCGUCGGCGCCAUCGCCUGCACCUAGGCCAGGAUCAACAUCCACUCCGGCGGCAGCCCCCGGCUCCAAUGCGAUGUCCGCAAAGGGGCCUGCGCCUGCUCAUGGCCCUGCAGUGGCUGGGGUAUAUUCUACAACGGCCCCCCUGAAAUCGGGAGCGAAACCAGCGCAGCCUGCGCCGGCCCCGAUGUACCCUGCACCAGGACCCGUCCACCUGCCCGCUGCAGCGCCCACUGCGCCAGUAGCUAGUCCAGUCACUUUUGCUACGCCUAUCCAACAGGUUUCUCAUCCUGGCACAGGAUUGCACAUUCCUGCAUCUGCUGCUUCCAUAGCCAAGAUUCCCCCUCAGGCUCCCGUCUUCAGUGCGGCCCAAGGCUUUGUUCAGGCGCCGGGACAGUACUCGAAUUCGACCGCAUCCCCGGCCGCUCCCACGGUUGCACAGGCACGGAGUUCAGCAACUACGUCUGGGACAGUUCAAGCCGCUCAAAGCCCAGCCCAUGUUCCGAAUCAACCGCAAUCACCGGCUCAUGCGUUGGCCCAAGCUCAGGCCAAAGCCGCGGCGGCUCAGAACGGUCUGACCGAAAAGCCAGCCCAGGUGCAGGCUCCCGCUGGGCUUGCGGCGCCGCCUACAACACAGACAUCGGGUCAAUAUUCUUCCUCCACGACUGCUGUUCUAGCUGCGCCCCAGGCGUCGGGUCUGGCGCCUGCUCCGGCUACAUCUCAACUGAAUACACAGGGGGUGCUUCCGCCAAAGCCGCAUGCAGCUAGUCAGGGAUCUGCUUUCACUCAAGGUUCUGCUCCGGCUCAAGGUGCUGCCCCAGACCUGUCCCAACGACCCGGUCAGAGUGCCCCCCCUUCUGCUCGACUCUCAGCUACAGGCACCACUGCAGCUGCGGCUCCUAUCCCAUUCCCAGGCCAAGCACAGCCUGUGCCAACUGCUCCCCAGGAGUCGGCCCAGGCAGUCUCACUUACUACCCCGGCUGCUCCAACCCCACCCCAAGAAAUGGCCUCACCUGCAUCGACGACACCUCCAACCACCCAAUCAUCUGCUCCAGAGCCUAUCCAGCCUACUGCACCAACUUCCAUUCUGCCCCCGGUUGCGUCCCAGGGGCUAAGCAAUACCCAAGCGCCGCCGUCGAUGGCUUCAAUCUCACUUCCCGCUGCGGUGCAAAGCAGCAACAGCAGCAGCGGCACUUGCCAUUCACAUCCCACCGUAUCCGUUGCGCCUUCUUGUUCUACAUCUACAUCUCAGGCACCGGCGGCGAAACCACCGACGUCUGCGCCGGCACCCGUGGCUAACAUGGCCAUGGCCGGGCCUGUUGUUCCUACACCCAACCCGGCGACAGCACACGCGUCUACGUCGACGCCGGCCAAGGCCACGGUCACGGUUGCGGCUGCGGCUGCGGCUGCGAGAUGA